AUGCAGACAGAAAAAAAAACUAGUUCUCCAAUCAUACCGGCUUCAGAUAACAUACUAGUAUGCUCAGAAAAACUGGCAGAUGAUUGUAAUAACGAAUUACCUUUAAAGGAGAAUAUUGCACCUGAAACCUCCAGUUCAAUUAAGAAUCAGCCUAGAAAGAGAAAAUGGAAGAAAGUUGUCAGAAUUCCGGAUUUUUGCUUUUUCUGUGAGAGCGAUGUAUUAAACUUUGCUAGACACAUCACAAACAGUCACAGAAGUGAAAUAGAAGUCCAAAAGAUUCUUUCUCUGCCUUCUAAAUCCCUAACGAGAAGAAAUCUCAUAGCUUCCGUAAGAAAAAGGGGCAAUCACAUAAAAAAUGUUGAUAAUGUGUUAAGCCUGUCAAACGGUCACAUAUUGUUGAUAAAGAUAAUUCAGAAUACAUUCCGUGUAAAUAUUGCCUAG